AUGAACAAGAAGGGGAAUCGGGUGACUGAGAAGAUCUUGGAUCUAACCCUGGAGAUCAUCUACCUGCUGACUGGAGAGGUGAGGGAUUCUGGUCAAUGUCAUUAUGGAGAUCAUCUACCUGCUGGCUGGAGAGGUGAGGGAUUCUGGGUAAUGUCAGCCAGGAGAUCAUCUACCUGCUGACUGGAGAGGUGAGGGAUUCUGGGUAAUGUCAUUAUGGAGAUCAUCUACCUGCUGACUGGAGAGGUGAGGGAUUCUGGGUAAUGUCAUUAUGGAGAUCAUCUACCUGCUGACUGGAGAGGUGAAGGAUUCUGGGUAAUGUCAUUAUGGAGAUCAUCUACCUGCUGACUAGAGAGGUGAGGGAUUCUGGGUAAUGUCAUUAUGGAGAUCAUCUACCUGCUGACUGGAGAGGUGAGGGAUUCUGGGUAAUGUCAUUAUGGAGAUCUACCUGCUGACUUGAGAGGUGAGGGUUGCUGGGUAAUGCCACCAUGGAGAUCAUCUACCUGCUGACUCCAGAGGUGUGGGAUUCUGGGUAGUGUCAGUGUAGCGAAAGUGACCUAGCCCCCGGUUUUUGGAGGGGGCUGCUUGCCCGCCUCCUACCUUCUGACUAUGGCCCUGGGAUAUAUGGCAUUUGAUAACACUAUUUGUGCCCUGUGACAAAACUGGAGAUUGUGCACAAAUAUGACUAUUGUCCAUAUUUUUUAUGAUUCCCUUCGUUUGAUGCACUGUUCCCCAUGUGUUUCAUCUGUUGGUUCGGCUGGAUCGACUACCAGGCAAACUGUGGAGUUACUGGGUGGCCACCAUUUCAUGUAUCAGAGGCACAUGGUGAGAACAAUGGAUGAAGCACAUGGUGAGAACAAUGGAUGGCGGCCAUUUUAACUCACAGACACUGUUUUGACUUUUCUACACUGUGCUGUUUGUACACAGAAAUCCCCACACACUGCCUACGGGCAACGCUACGCUCACUGCAUAAAAUGGAAUUGGUAGAUUGCAGGAGAGCGGGUCAUCCUGAAGACAGAGACUACACCUAUUACUCGACCGUCCAUGCACACUACAGCCGAAUAGACUACAUAUUCCACGCACAAGAAUAUCUGUCGUUAUUGCAUGGCUCGGAGAUAGGGAUCAUAGAUCAAUCUGACCACGCACCGAUGAUAGCACAUACGAGUGCCCCACUUUUCAAACCCACAGAAAGGCAAUGGAGACUAAAUGAGACCCUCCUAGAUGAUCCUGAACUGCUUACCAUGGUAGCACACACUUUGACCAACUAUUUCACGACCAAUAGCUCACCGGAAAUUGCACCACUAACGCUCUGGGAGGCACAUAAGUGUGUCAUCCGGGGACACUUCAUAGCCAUCAGCACCAAGUGCAAAAAAGAGCGAGCUGCACACACAAUUCGUCUGUCCAGACGAGUGGCUGAACUGUAGCAGGAACAUAAACGCACGCUGGACGACGAGACUUAUUUCCUCCUAAUGGAGGCGCGUAGAGAGCUCUGCACCAAACUCGCCCAGGGAUUUCUCCAAACCGCGCGAAAAACAGCCAGGUUCUUUUAUGAGCAUUCCAACAAAUGCGGCAAACUGCUUGCGAGAAUGCUUCAGGAGAAGCGAAGGGCGCAACACAUACAUAAGAUUCGCACUCAGGGGCAAACGGUCACUCAUCUCCCCGAAGGCAUCCUGAACGCAUUCCACAAAUAUUACGCUGCACUGUAUGAUCAAACAAGAAACCAAUCGGAUUCAAAGACACGACGUCACCAGGAACGAGUUGCCGCCUACCUGGGCAGACAUGUUGCCCGCAGGCUGACCGCGGAACAAGAAGCCAGACUGGACCAACCCCUGACACUUGAGGAGCUAGCAGGGGCGCUGAAAGCGGCAAAACCCCACAGGGCACCUGGUCCGGACAGCCUGCCCGUAACGUACUUACGCUCGUUCAAGGCAAUCCUACUGCCGAAACUCUUGGAGGGCUUCAACUCAUUGCGUAUGGGAGGACAGUUUCCUACGGACACACUGAGAGCAACAGUUGCAAUCAUCCCGAAAGAAGGUAAAGAUCCCACUAAUUGCGCAAGUUAUAGGCCAAUUUCGUUCUUGAAUGCCGAUAUGAAAGUAUUCGCCAAGGCCUUGGCGCUCAGGGUUGCCCAGGUGGUGCCCGACCUCAUACACCAGGUUGGUUUUAUUCCCGGGAGGGAGGCCCGGGAUAAUACAAUUCGAGCCCUAAACGUGAUCCACACGGUGAAGGCCAACAGGCGAGAGCUGGUGCUCCUUUCCACGGACGCCGAAAAGGCGUUCGACCGCGUGGACUGGACGUUUCUUAUGGAAUCUCUGCAGCACAUGGGGUUCGGACAGCAUCUGUGCACCUGGGUGGCGGCUCCUUUCUGUGCAAUUGCGCAUGCCCGACCGGGCGCCGACGUGAUGACAUACCAUCCGCCGGCGUCCGGCGCACAUGUGCGUUCCACCAUGGAACGCAAGCAAAAAACUUUAUUAUUCUAAGCAACAGGGACAACAUUGGAACUUAUAAAGAAGAAGAAACCAGUGUGUUCCAGUGCUACUAUAUGUUAGAUGCACAUAUAGAGAAGAUUCUAAUGGGACAUAUAAUAUAUAUAUAUAUAUAUAUAUAUAAAAUAUAGAAAAAAGUAAAUAAAAAAGUAAGAAAAAAGAAAAAAAUAUAUAUAUGUGCAUGUAGUUGCAAUAUAUGAAUCCAACAUAUUACAUUCAAUCACUUUAGCACAUAUUGAUUUUGUCAAUUGUGCCACACUGUUUGUGAGUGUUUUUAUCUAUAUGUUUUUUAUCACUUUGAAUUAAAAGUUUGCACUAUGAUGUUUUCUCUUUUUAUAUUUUUUAUGUGAAUAUCCUCACUUGCUCGCUGGAGGGUAACUAUAUCCAGUAUUUAUAUUUGGUGAUAAGUGGCGCCCUAUUUCUGUAUAGUAUAUACAGUUUUGUUUUUUGCACAUUUGGUUAAGGGAUACAGGGAGUGCAUCCCUAUAUAUAGUGGCUUGCCUGCACUUUCUAACGGUCAGUUCUUUCACAAUCCACUUCUGGUUUUAUGUAUCUUUUAUACUGUUUCUAGUAUAAUUCGCAAUGGCACUGUCCCCCCUUCUGUUUGCCCUCACUCUAGAACCAUUCCUGGAGGCGGUCAGACGGGACGGGGGUAUUACGGGGUUCCGAGUUGGCCGGGGAGAACAGAGUUGCGGCUUAUGCGGAUGACAUGCUUUUUUUCCUAGACCAACCCCGGGUUUCAAUGCCGAACCUACUGGAAGCAUUCAGGGAGUACUCCGCAGUCUCCAACCUCGCACUCAACUUGGAUAAAUCAGAAGCGAUGCCGUUGGCCCUGGACACCGCCAUGUCGCAACACCUUCAAAUGCACUUCCCGUUCAGAGUUUGCCAGACGAAAUUCAGGUACCUGGGAAUCUGGUUGCCAAACGAGUUCAAGCACAUAUAUCCACUGAACUUUACACCCCUCCUCACGCUCCUACAAAGGGACCUGAAAAAAUGGACAUCUCAGUACAUCUCAUGGUUUGGGCGGAUUAAUGCUAUAAAGAUGAACGUUAUGCCACGAAUUCUAUAUUUGUUCCAGACGCUGCCUACGACUAUCCCGCAGUUGUUCUUCCAAUCCCUAGCAACCACCAUACGGCAAUUUGUCUGGAACCAGGGACCGGCACGAAUCCGUAGGACGAUCUUGGAGCGGCCGAAAAGCGCAGGAGGAACGGGACUACCGUCGGUACUCUCCUACUAUCAGGCGACACACCUCUGCCGAUUGGUGGACUGGCACGCAAAUCCGACCACCAAACAAUGGGUGGAUAUGGAGAUGCAGCAGGCACAGGGACGGAUCCCCUCCCUGCUGUGGCUAGGUGGCACAGUACUGGGAGACAUGCGCACAGGAAACCCGAUGAUCGACUCCACACUGUGGGUAUGGUGUAAGAUUAGAUACGCCAAACAACUCACUACGGCACCAAACCCGCUUACCCCCAUAACCAACAACCCAAAAAUGGCGAGUGGGCUUAACCCUGCAGACCUAAAGAACUUUCCGGCGUCGGAUUGGACAUACCUGCGGCAAUGGUGCACUGACUCCACACUUAAACCUUUAAAGUAUUUGGUACCAGACCAUAGACAGACAAGACUGGAUGAAUUCCGCUAUUAUCAACUUCGAACGUAUUACAUCUCCUUACCGGGAAAGGAUCACAUACACCGACCGCUGCUACCUUUGGAACAGAUAUGCACGGACAGGCGGAACCUCAUGCACGGAAUAUCAACGUUGUAUGCCAUACUUCAGCAGCAGGAAGGCAGGAGCCCCCUGGGCUUCACGGAACGCUGGGAGCAAUAGACGGGAACGACACUCACGGACUCCGAAUGGGACAAGAUUUUCCAACUGACACACAGAGGGAGCAUAUGCUCCAAAUAUCAGGAAUGUAAUUAUAAAAUACUGACUGGCUGGUACAGGACCCCAGAUAUCCAACGCCAUGUGCACAAGACUAUAUCCGGGGAAUGCCGGAGAUGUGGAAGAGAGCUGGGCACGAGGCUUCACAUCUGGUGGUCUUGCUCACUUAUCGAGCCAUUCUGGAGGCAGAUCCACCAAACAAUUAGAGGCAUCACUGACGCGCACCUACCGCUGAAGCCUCUGACGAUGCUGCUCAACCACACGCAAACACCGCUGCAGAAAUACAAAAAGGGUCUGACCAUAAACUUGCUCACAGCAGCGAAAACACUAAUACCUACACACUGGAAAAGCCGCACAGCGCCGACCUUCCAACAAUGGGUCGACAGGGUGGAAAAUAUAUAUAACAUGUAAAUGAUGACUGCCUCCCUGCAGGGACGUAUGGAAAAAUGCGCCACAACCUGGUUUCCGUGGAUGGACUAUAUGGUCAAGAGGACGAUGCGGAGCAGCGUGCGGGGGGGGGGGCACCGUGGCUGUAGCGGUGCAGGCGGCCUCAUCGGACUGCCGCGGCGACGAAAACCCAAGUGCAUCUUUCGCUUCUUCCCCCGACCCUAGUUCCCUUUCCCCCUCAACACAAGACAGGAGACACACGUAAAAUACAUAACUGACAGGACAAUCGACGUGCAGCACGAGACCACAUCAGGGUUGCGGAAACAAUGAGUCAGAGGACAUGGAUUACAAGAACUAGAGUACACACAACACAUGGAUAACGCAGACACCCCAAUCAACCACUAAUAGAUGGACAGAUAAAACGAGCAAACCCCAGAGCGACUUUGGGACGUUCACCCCAAGGAAGGAGGGGGGGGGAGAACAAGAAUAGGAAAAGCCAGAGCAGUAAGGGAUACCCAACUUGGAAGCGGGGGGGAUGGGUCUGAGACAACUAGGGGUUGGGGCCGGACCCAGUAACACAGACGAAUCCCAGAGAAGAUGAGACCCCGGCUGGUCAGGGGGUACCCGACUGCCUUGCUCUGGCGGCAGCGGGGGGGGGGGGAGAAGGGGCGGGUGCAGACAUACUCUAGACAACACAACCCACACCCCAACAAACAUAGGGGAACACACAGACAAUUAGGGAGAGACGUACAAACGGCCAGAAAGACGAGUCCGCAACGACACAAGGAACCACGGUAAUCACAAAACCACCAUCAUAGGUCAACCAAUGCAUUUAGGUAGACUACACUGGACACUCAGACCCAUGCUCAUGCCCGACAUACAAGCCCAGACGGCUUGACCAAGCUGAUGGCAAAUGGCUAGCCAAAGCCCCAACACUGUGAGGCCACCUGUUGAUACGUGCUCUAAAACUAUCGAAGGAGAUACAAACUAGAAAAUUGCAACUAAAACGCACAAGGAAGGAUAACGUAUAGCAAAUACUAUAGGCUGCCCACACCACAGAGUAAAGCCCAUACACCUUGAUCGCCACAACAACACGGAGGCAAGACACAGGGACCGCAUCAACCUUUCCUAGGCAGCCGCAUACGCCUCAUGGCUUGACGAGCAAGACAUGGGGCGGACAUAACCCAUGGCCAACGAAAGACCAGACACUGAGAUUAACACACUAGACCAAAGUAAACGACGUAAUGAAAGAAUAUAUAGUAGAUCUAGAAACACACGCUGCAAGCCAAACACUAGUCUAUAAAGGGAGGAGAAGGGAGGGGGGAUGGAAGGGAAAAAGAAAAGGAAAAGACAGAAGAAAAGCUGUGAUACCACUGAGCAGGGGGGCGGGGGCAGGGAGGGAGGGUCACUAUAAAGCUAAUGUAUGCUUAAUUGAGGCACACAACAUGCUUACAACUCAUUGUCAGCUGUAUUUAUUCUGUGUUAUGUAACAACAAACUUAAACUCCAAUAAAAACUAGAUUGUCAAAAAAAAAAGACAUCGUUCAGUAGUUUUAAACUACAGAACAGGGGACAGAUUUAACAGUAAUUACUUUUCAUAUAGCCUGUAUAUGUUCUGCGGAAUCUGCAUUAAACCGUAUCUUCCAAACUACUGAACGGAUCUGGGCGAAUUUUGGAUAUUUGGUUCACCCAGAUUCCCCGGUUCCGAGGAUAUAUUUUUAUGGGGUAAUUGCAUGUUUUGGGGUCCCUGUGAUAUGUUUUAUAAUACUGUAUUUUCCUGCCUGUUAUAAUUAAGUUAGUCUAUUGUGUUGAGAUAAUUGUAUCACAGGCAGAGGGGAGGAUUUCUGAUGUAAUGAAUGUGAGUGUUAACUGUUUUGUAAUGUGUUGAUUGGUUGUUCUUCAAAACCUCCGCCAAUCAAUGCUCCUACUGCUUGUCGAGGACUCAGAGCACUCCAACCGACACCAUCAGCACUGUGGGACCCACUUCCAGUGAUGCAGCUGCACCGGGGUCUUGCUGUCUCUCACCCACCCUGGAUCCACGACCAGGAUCCAGCUCCCAAUGGGUGAACCUCUCCUAAAUCAAGGGAGCAUAGCAGGAACAAAUCAAGCUCUUACAAGAGCUUACUCUAGGGAGUAAUUGAUUAUAGCAAUCCCCAGAGUGUAGGUAUCCCUUCCCCCAAGCAUGAGCCAAGGCAUCAAAAAAGGUGCAAGUAGGUCUGGUUUAUUGAGGGCUACCUGCCCGGUGUUCAUGCAAGUGCCCACCAGGUGGACACUCCCCUAGGAGACCUGAUGGAACAAUGGGACACAUAUUGAAUAUUAGCCAAUCACAGACAAUACAAACAAAACACUCCCACAGUGACAUCACAAUCCCUCCUCUCUAUCCUGGAGAUAAUUGGGAAGUAAUCAAAUUAUCUCCCAGGACAGAGGCAAGACUCCAUUAACCACAAGGUUACAAAAAGACAUAAAAUUACACAAUGCUACAAUUACUACCUAAAACAUAUACUUGCAACAUAUCCCCAGAUAGCUUAGAUCUGAGCGCACAUUAUUACCGAAUGGCGCUCAAAUCACCUAAAUACAGUUCAAUUGCCAUGGAGCAAAAUUCUUUUCCAUAGUCUUUUGUUACACGAAUGGGCUCCAUGGCAUAGCUAUCUGGGGUAGCACUACUACCAUACUGAAAGUCUCAAACGCCCUGGCAGAAAUACACAAAUAAACCUUUCUGCAGGGGAAAAUACAGCUAUCCGCACAGGGGCCAUAGUCGGAAGGCAGGAGGCUAGCCAGUAGUCCCCUCCAAGCACAAGUGGUGAAGGGCACUUCGUCACAAAGAGAAAUGCCAAAACUGAAUGAAUGUGCUUGAAUAAAGGGAGCCCACCUACUGAAAAAAAAAUAUUAUUAUAGGGAGCAGUGGGUGAGGCUCCAAAUGUCUGUAAAACAUUUAUUUGUAACUGGGGAGGGCUUUGAAAUAGGCCAGAUAUACCCCUCACACAAUUCCAGGCAUGCUACCUUCACAUAUGUCAUUGGGGACCAAAGCCAAGUAAUAAUUCCUAAAUUAAAUUACCUUUCUAAUACGUGUUGAUAUGUUUUGUUUUUUGUGCGUGAUAACCUAUAAAUCAGGGUCUACCUAACUCUUACUUGCAGUGAUCAUGUAAGAACAUUAUAUGUGAGAGAAUAGAUACCUAUUACCAAAGUGGUUAGGCUAGGGAAGUUGUAGCUAGGUAGAGAAUCGAGAAGUCAGAUUGCAGGGCUACGAUCUAUACACCAAAACUGCCUAACUAAGCUGGCAUUGUGUCCCUUUAAUGGAGCCAUUGCAGUGGCACUAAAAACCUCUAUCUGAAUUUUCAUUCUGUGCAGGUAACUUUUUUGUUUUUGCCUAUACUGUUCCUCAACCCAAUAAUUGCUGUGAAAUCACUGCAUUUGAUUGUGGCACAUUCGUUGAAAUAGUUGCACAUGUGCCUGUUUCGUUCAAAUGGAAAUAUAGACCGUUGUCAAUUAUGGUCUCCCUAGGGCGAAGUAGGAUUAGCGUAGAGAAGGGACUUGCUGCUGGAGGUAAAGGGUGAAUUUUAUUUGUAUUUUCUUUUUUGCGUAUGGGGGGUCAUGUGGCAUUUAUUGUAUUAAGGGUAGUUUAAAUGUUAAAACCGAUUAUCAGCUGGAGCCAUAGAAAUAGUAUGGACGUUUUAAUUUGGGUCUCAGCCAGGGCUGUAUCUAUCAUGAGGCAAACAAGGCAUUUGCCUGGGGCGGCACUUUCCAGGGGGCAGCAAAAGAAACACCUCCCCCAAAUGCCCAGGCUAAUACUUUGUUUGCCUUGUCACCUGGUGGCCCAAAAGCUGGCUGGUUGCCAGUGCUUAUGUGUGUCUGUCAGUGAGUGUAUGAAUGAUUGUAUACGUCUGUCCGAUUUUGUCAAAUCCGUGUGUGUGUAUGCUAGUGUAUCUGAGAGUGUGUGCUGGUCCGUGAGUGUAUGUCUGUCAGUCAAAAUGUGUGUAAGUUAGCAGGAAGCGGUGUGAUCCUUGGCAGAAAGGGGCGGGUAAAUUCAAAUUAGGGGGUGCCCAAGAUCUGUGAAGCGUAGGGCAGCACCAUUUCAAAAUACACCACUGGUCUUAGACCAGGGCCAGAAACCAUGGUUUUAUAUUAGCAACUGAAAAUGCAGCGUUUACAUUAAUGGGUGGUUCCACGAUUUUUAUGUAAGCUACAACGCAACACAAACUUAAAGGGAUUCUAUAAUGUAAUAUUAUGGAAGGCAUACAAAGCUGGAUUCCUUACACCAUAGUUCCCUCUGAUCUCCUCUGCCCCCUCACCUCGCAUUUAAUGAACCCUUUCUUUGCUCACCUGACUCCAGCAUCGAUGUCCCUCGGCGCUGGGUCGUCGCUCUGCCUCCUCCGAUGUGAAUCUUUAUGGGUGGCCUUAUGCACAUGCGUGCAGGGCACAUUAGACUCUCCCCUUAGAAAAGCAUUGAUGCAAUGCUUUCAUAUGUGGAUUUUACUGACACUGGAUGUGCUCAUGUAGAGCGUGAGGACAUCCAGUGUCAGUUAAGUGACCGAAAGUCUCCUAGCAAGCAGGAAGUACUUCAAGUGGCUGUCAAUUAGCCAACUACGACAGACUAGGGGCCGUCUUAGUCCUGCAGUGUAAUUAUUGAAGUUUCUCUGGAACUGCAAUGAUUUUUGGUGCAGGACUAUGUGGGACUGUGAAAUUGCACUCAGACCACUUCAAUUUUUAUCUUGUAGUUUGGCAGCUCAAACAUAUUGUACAGAAUUUGUUCGUUUUUUCCAUCCACAAGCCGUCGUGGCACGUGAAACUCAGGAAAGUUGUCGGUAUGUGCAUGCUAUCCAAUUGGCAAAUGAAACUCUGUGAUAUUUUGGAAGAACCUUAUUGUAUUGUACAUACCCUGUACGAGGUAGGUUCUUACCGACCAGUAGAAAAGUGACUACAGACAGGACAGCUGGGCACGGGAGGUGUAUAUGCAAUUGUCCUUUUCCUAUCUGACUGUUUCUCUCAUUGCUUACAUUUAACUAAAUCCUACUUUUGGGUGGCCUCAAUGAUUUUUUAUUUUUUUUUAAAUAUACAUAUAUAUGAAAUAUAUACAAAUACAAAACGACUCUGAUUACUUAAUUCAUCAACAACACACUUUAAUGUAAAACAUUGUAUCCAUUAAUAUAGACAAGGCACCUUUAAAUAUACAUUUUCUGUUGUAGUAAAACAGAAUAUAUAAAUGCUAGUAAUAAUAAGAGGCUGCAGACUGUCAUCCUAUUUUUUAAAUUGAAGAGGAACAAUGAUAGAAUAGCAGAAGAAGAAUUCAGCAAGUGGGCGUACAUCUGUCUUAGAAAAGAAAUGACCUUGCCCUUCUUCUUGUCCAUCUCUAUAUUUAGGAUCAUGUGGUUGUGAAGAAGCCCAGUGACCAUAUCUCAUCCAAAAACAUUCCCCUUGUAAAGGAAGGAUCCUGUGGGACCAGGAACUCCAGCACCAUGCUGCCACCUACCUCCAUGAUUCAUGAGGGAAAACAUGAUCAGAAGAUCCUGGAACUGACCAAUCAGAUCACUGAGCUGCUGACUGGCGAGGUGAGGCUGCUGGGAAUGGGACAUUAUGCAGUAAAACCAAGGGAUGUGUCUGGAUGGUGACUGUAUCAUUGUGUGUGUAUCAGGUUCCUAUAAGGUGUGAGGAUGUCACGGUGUAUUUCUCCAUGGAGGAGUGGGACUAUAUAGAAGGACACAAGGAUCUCUACAAAGAUGUGAUGGAGUACCACCACCAACUGGGUAAGAUAAGGUUUAAUCACCACAGUCCGUUUAUAAUAUUUAAUAUGUCCAAUGCAUUGAAUAUUUACAAAGGUCUUUGAUGUACUUUAUGUUGAAGUAAACUAUCCAUUACAUAUUAAUGUACAUUUUCUUCCAACAGAUGCAUCUGUACAUGAUGGAUUUCACAUCCUUGGUUUUUGGCCCAAUUUUGGAAUUGAAGAUGGAUCUGUAAGUAAAGCUAGCGGAGACAUAUCACAGCAAGUAAAAAAAACGAGGAAAAGACAAAUUAAAUCUGCAUCAUUCAAUUCUCAAGAUCCUCAGUUGAGUGAAAAUGUAAAUUUCACAAACAUUUCUAUAACCACCAAACAACCACAGACAGAAUAUCAUAUUAAAGAGGAAACAGCCUCGUGGGAAGAAGGAAAUGACGACAAAUCUUAUACACCAACAGAAUACAAAUCUACUCACAUUAAGGUAAAAUCAGUCUCAUGGGGAGAAGGAAAUCCCACUGACUAUACAAUCACAGACCAUAGAGAAUAUCCAUCUACUUUUAACAAAGAUGUAUCGGCUGUGAGUGGCAAAGUAAAUACCAGGAGUCCGGAUAAUUAUAUUAUACGAGAACAGUCUCCGGAAGAUGACACAUUUACUUAUGUCGAAGGUUCACCCAAAUCAUCUUCAAAUAAGUCCAUAAAUGAAUCUAGAAAAUCUAAUACAUGUUUCAAAGAUAAAAUGGUUAAAUCUCCCCAAAGUAUACUCAACACAGAGGAAAUAAUGAACUGGCCUGGGUAUGCACCAUAUUUAAAUAGUAACUCUGAGUUUGGCAACCAUCACGAUUCUUCUGAAAUGGAAAAGGUUAUAUUUUCUGAGUCUGAUUUAGUUAUUCACGAGAUUGAUUAUGGAGAAGAGAAACCACUGUUAUCAUCUGAGUAUGGGGAGAAUUUUACUCCAGUGUCAAAUCUUGUUAUACAUCAGGCAAUUCUCACAGGAGAAAAGCCAUUUCAAUGCAUUGAAUGCGGGAAAUGUUUUAGCCAAAAACAUGUUCUAAUUCGGCAUCAGCAGAUUCACACAGGAGAAAAACCAUUUAAAUGCACAGAAUGUGGAAAAUGUUUCAGUUUAAAGUAUGAUUUAAUCAGACAUCAGAAGAUUCACAAGGGAGAAAAGACAUUUAAAUGCAAUGAAUGUGGGAAAAGUUUUAUCCAGGCUGCACAACUUACGUCACAUAAAAGGGUACACACAGGAGAAAAACCAUAUAAAUGUGAUGAAUGUGGGAAAUGUUUUGCUCAGGGAGCACAUCUUACUUCACACAAACUAACUCACACAGGAGAAAAACCUUUCCAGUGCACUGAGUGCGGAAAGUGUUUCAGUCAAAAACCUGUCCUAAAUAGGCAUCAGCAGACUCACAGAGGAGAGAAGUUAUUUAAAUGUGAAGAAUGUGGGAAAAGUUUUAUGUAUGACACGCAACUUGCAUCACAUAAACUGAUUCACACUGAAGAAAAGUCUCUUAAAUGCACUGAAUGUGGGAAAUGUUUUAGCCAAAUGUUUGAUCUUAACAAGCAUCAGCAGAUCCAUACAGGAGAGAAACCAUUUAAAUGCAAUGAAUGUGGGAAAUGUUUUAGCCAAAAGCCAGUUCUCAUUCGGCAUCAGCAAAUCCACACAGGAGAAAAACCUUUUAAGUGCAAUGAAUGUGGGAAAUGUUUUAUACUAAAGUAUGAUUUAAUCAGACAUCAGAAGAUUCACAAGGGAGAAAAGACAUUUAAGUGCAUUGAAUGUGGGAAAUGUUUUAUCCAGGCUGCACAACUUACGUCACAUAAAAGAGUUCACACAGGUGAAAAACCAUAUAAAUGUGAUGAAUGUGGGAAAUGUUUUGCUCAGGGAGCACAUCUUGUGUCUCACAAAAGGAUUCACACAGGAGAAAAACCAUAUAAAUGCGCUGAGUGCGGCAAGUGUUUUAUCCAAGCCUCACAGCUUGCGACACAUAAAAUGAUCCAUGCUGAAGAAAAACCUUUUAAAUGUUAUGAAUGUGGCAAAUCUUUUGCUAUACAGUAUGAUCUUAUCAUGCAUCAGGUCAUUCACAGUGUAGAUUAA